ACUUUGCCCUACACGAUGAUUUCAACGCUAGCUACCUUUCCUCCAUUUCUUCACAAGGAUAUUAUUGAAUACCUUAGCACAUCUUUUCUACCAAUGGCCAUAUUGGGCUCCUCCAGGAAAGAAGGCGUCCCAGCUCAUGUGAACCUCUCUGCGUCCGCCAUGCUAAUGAUUGCAAUGCAGUACACAUCUAACCCAGUGUAUCAUUGUCAAUUAUUGGAAUGCCUCAUGAAAUAUAAGCAAGAAGUCUGGAAAGACCUUUUGUAUGUGAUUGCCUACGGGCCUUCACAGGUGAAACCCCCAGCGGUGCAGAUGCUUUUCCACUACUGGCCCAACCUAAAGCCUCCUGGGGCAAUAAGCGAGUACAGGGGGCUGCAGUACACAGCUUGGAAUCCCAUCCACUGCCAGCACAUCGAAUGCCACAAUGCAAUUAACAAGCCGGCUGUGAAGAUGUGUAUAGACCCUUCCUUAUCAGUGGCUUUGGGCGAUAAGCCGCCUCCACUGUACCUCUGCGAAGAAUGCAGUGAGAGGAUCGCAGGGGACCACAGCGAGUGGCUGAUUGAUGUUCUCCUGCCACAAGCUGAAAUAUCUGCUAUAUGUCAAAAAAAGAACUGCAGCUCCCAUGUCAGAAGGGCAGUCGUCACCUGCUUUUCCGCAGGGUGCUGCGGUCGUCACGGAAACAGGCCGGUUAGGUACUGCAAAAGAUGCCACUCCAAUCACCACAAUAACGAGGUGGGGGCCGCCUCGGAGACGCACCUCUACCAGACCUCCCCACCCCCCAUCAACACUCGGGAGUGUGGGGCAGAGGAGCUGGUCUGCGCUGUGGAGGCUGUGAUCAGUUUGUUGAAAGAAGCAGAGUUCCACGCCGAGCAGAGGGAGCACGAGUUGAACCGGCGGCGGCAGCUGGGUCUCUCCUCCUCCCACCACUCCCUGGACAACGCUGACUUCGAUAACAAGGACGAUGACAAGCACGACCAGAGGCUGCUCAGUCAAUUCGGGAUAUGGUUCUUAGUGAGCCUCUGCACACCCAGUGAGAACACGCCCACAGAGAGCCUGGCCCGGCUGGUGGCCAUGGUAUUUCAGUGGUUCCAUUCCACUGCGUACAUGAUGGAUGAUGAAGUUGGAAGCUUAGUGGAAAAGCUAAAGCCCCAGUUUGUUACCAAGUGGCUGAAGACAGUAUGUGAUGUCCGCUUUGAUGUCAUGGUCAUGUGCCUUCUUCCCAAACCCAUGGAAUUCGCCAGGGUUGGCGGAUACUGGGACAAGUCCUGUAGCACCGUGACUCAGUUAAAGGAAGGUCUCAACAGGAUUCUCUGCCUGAUCCCCUACAAUGUGAUCAGCCAGUCUGUGUGGGAGUGCAUUAUGCCAGAAUGGCUGGAGGCCAUCCGGACGGAAGUCCCUGACAACCAGUUAAAGGAAUUCAGGGAAGUAUUAAGCAAAAUGUUUGACAUAGAGCUGUGUCCUCUGCCAUUUUCCAUGGAAGAGAUGUUUGGUUUUAUCAGCUGCCGGUUUACAGGAUACCCUUCCACGGUGCAGGAGCAAGCCCUACUCUGGCUUCACGUAUUAUCGGAGUUAGACAUCACGGUUCCGCUUCAGCUCUUGAUAAGUAUGUUUUCUGAUGGUGUUAAUUCUGUUAAAGAGUUGGCAAAUCAAAAAAAAUCAAGAACCAAUGAGCUGUCAGGGAACGCCGCAGCACGAAGGGUGAGUGUCGCUCCUCUUGAUCCUGGUCGGCGAGUCCAGCACAAUAUGUUGAGUCCGUUCCAUAGCCCGCAGAGUCCAUUCCGGAGCCUGCGUAGUCCAUUUCGGAGCCCUUUCAAGAAUUUUGGGCCAGGAGGAAGGACUAUUGAUUUUGACUGUGAAGAUGAUGACAUGAAUCUAAAUUGUUUCAUCCUCAUGUUUGAUCUUCUCCUAAAGCAGAUGGAGUUACAAGAUGAUGGCAUCACGAUGGGUUUGGAGCACAGUUUGUCAAAGGACAUUAUUUCUAUCAUCAACAAUGUCUUCCAGGCCCCCUGGGGGGGCUCCCACAGCUGCCAGAAGGACAAAAAGGCCAAGGAGUGCAACUUAUGCCAGUCUAGUAUCCUCUGCUACCAGCUUGCUUGUGAACUCUUGGAGAGGCUAGCUCCCAAAGACGAAAGCCGGCUGGUGGAGCCCACAGACAGCCUUGAAGAUAGCCUCCUUUCUUCCACAGAGUUCAUUAUAGGGCAUGAGGGAGAGGAGGAGGAGAACCCAGCAGCCAAGCAUGGAGAGAAUCCAGGCACCCAUACGGCGCCCUCAGAAAAUGCUGCAAUAAAGAACGACACGGAAAGAAAAUUUUGCUACCAACAGCUUCCAGUAACGCUGAGACUAAUAUAUACCAUUUUCCAGGAAAUGGCUAAGUUUGAAGAGCCAGACAUUCUUUUUAAUAUGCUCAGUUGCUUAAAGAUUCUCUGUCUGCACGGAGAAUGUUUAUACUCUGCGAGGAAAGACCAUCCUCAGUUUUUAGCCUACAUCCAGGACCACAUGUUGAUCGCAAGCCUGUGGAGAGUCGUCAAGUCUGAGUUCUCUCAGCUGUCCUCAUUGGCAGUCCCUCUCCUUCUUCACGCUCUGUCACUUCCUCAUGGUGCUGACAUAUUCUGGACAAUCAUAAACGGCAACUUCAACAGCAAAGACUGGAAGAUGAGGUUUGAAGCAGUGGAAAAAGUAGCUGUCAUUUGUAGGUUUUUGGAUAUUCACUCAGUGACCAAAAACCACCUGCUGAAGUACUCACUGGCACACGCCUUCUGCUGCUUCCUGACAGCUGUGGAGGAUGUCAACCCUGCAGUUGCCACCAGAGCAGGUCUCCUGCUUGAUACCAUAAAGAGGCCAGCACUGCAGGGUCUCUGUCUCUGCCUUGACUUCCAGUUUGACACUGUGGUUAAAGACCGCCCCACCAUCCUGAGCAAGCUUUUACUCUUGCAUUUCCUUAAGCAAGAUAUCCCUGCUUUGAGCUGGGAGUUCUUUGUCAACAGAUUCGAGACACUUUCUUUAGAAGCUCAGCUGCAUUUGGAUUGUAACAAAGAAUUUCCUUUUCCUACAACCAUCACCGCUGUGAGAACCAACGUUGCCAACCUCAGCGAUGCCGCGUUGUGGAAAAUCAAGAGGGCGCGCUUUGCAAGAAACCGGCAGAAGAGUGUACGGUCUCUGAGGGACAGCGUGAAGGGGCCCACAGAAUCCAAGAGGGCGCUCUCCCUCCCUGAAACCCUGACCUCCAAAAUCCGACAACAGUCUCCUGAGAAUGACAACACCAUCAAGGACUUGCUCCCAGAAGAUGCUGGAAUCGACCACCAGACAGUCCACCAGCUGAUUACAGUGCUCAUGAAGUUCAUGGCCAAGGACGAGAGCAGCGCGGAGUCAGACAUCAGCAGUGCCAAGGCCUUCAACACCGUCAAGAGGCACCUCUACGUCUUACUUGGCUACGACCAACAGGAAGGCUGCUUCAUGAUUGCACCCCAAAAAAUGCGCCUGUCAACAUGCUUUAAUGCAUUUAUUGCAGGCAUUGCCCAAGUUAUGGACUAUAACAUUAACUUGGGCAAACACCUUCUCCCCCUCGUGGUCCAGGUGCUCAAAUACUGCUCUUGUCCUCAACUACGGCAUUAUUUCCAACAGCCACCUCGCUGCUCCCUCUGGUCCUUAAAGCCUCACAUCAGGCAGAUGUGGUUGAAGGCCUUGCUCGUCAUCCUUUACAAGUAUCCAUACCGAGACUGUGAUGUCAGCAAGAUCCUUCUGCACCUGAUUCACAUAACAGUCAAUACACUCAAUGCGCAAUACCAUAGCUGCAAGCCCCAUGCCACGGCAGGACCUUUGUACAGUGACAACAGCAACAUAAGCAGAUACAGCGAGAAAGAAAAAGAAGAAGAUAGUGUUUUUGAUGAAUCUGAUAUUCAUGAUACACCUACUGGACCCUGCAAUAAAGAGUCUCAAACUUUUUUUGCAAGAUUGAAAAGGAUAGGCGGCAGCAAAAUGGUGAAAUACCAGCCGGUUGAAAUGAAUGUUCAGAGAAGUGAAAUAGAACUGGCCGAAUAUAGAGAAACGGGUGCGUUACAAGACAGCGUUCUGCACUGUGUGAGAGAAGAAAGCAUUCAGAAAAAAAAGCUGCGCUCUUUUAAACAAAAAUCUCUUGAUAUAGGGAAUGCAGACUCCCUCUUGUUUACAUUAGAUGAGCAUCGUAGGAAGUCCUGCAUAGAUCGCUGUGACAUAGAUAAGCCUCCCGCCCAAGCUGCCCAUACCGCACAACGGCAAAAUGACCACCAUGGACGCUCUAGACAGAAUUCUGCUACGAGGCCGGAGAGUACUGAAAUCCCCAAGAAUCCCGCAACUGAAGGUUUUCAAGAAACACGAAGGCCCGUGAUACCAGAAGUUAGGUUGAACUGUAUGGAGACGUUCGAAGUGAGAGUUGACUCCCCGGGAAAGCCCGCUCCUAAAGAGGAUUUCGAUCUCAUAGAUUUGUCCUCAGAUUCAACGUCUGGGCCAGAGAAACACUCUAUACUCUCAACAUCUGACAGUGACUCUCUUGUAUUUGAGCCUCUCCCUCCUCUCAGAAUAGUAGAAAGUGAUGAAGAAGACGAGAUGACGAACCAGGGGAAUGAUGGUCCCUUGGGUAAAAAUGCUGCCUCCUCACCCUCCAUCCCCAGCCAGCCCUCUGUCCUCAGCUUAAGCACAACUCCUCUGGUGCAGGUCAGUGUCGAGGACUGUUCCAAAGACUUUUCCUCUAAGGACUCAGGAAAUCACCAGUCAGAGAGCAAUGAGGACUCGACCAUCACAGCUCUGGACGAGCUCACUGACUCUGAAGAGCUGUCAAAGUCACAGGAGCUGAGAGAGUUUGCCUCUGGCAGUCCGCUAACGCUAAAGCAGAAGCGAGACCACCUCCAGAAGUCACCUGCGGUCCCCGAGAUGUCAGUGGACUACAACCCUGACCUUGGCACGGCCGGAGAGAAGGCAGGCCAGACACCAACGUCAGGGGCCAAAACUGUGCUCCUCAAAGUUCCUGAAGAUGCUGAGAGUCCAAUAGAAAGCGAGAAGCCCAACUCGAGCACUGAGUCCGAUACAGAACAGAACCCUGAAAGGAAGGCAGAGGAGGAUGGGGCUGAGGAAUCAGAGUUUAAGAUUCAGAUCGUCCCCAGACAGAGGAAACAAAGGAAGAUUGCCGUCAGUGCUAUCCAGAGAGAGUACCUCGACAUCUCCUUCAACAUUCUAGACAAACUGGGUGACCAGAAGGACCCAGAUCCGUCUGCUAAAGGACUUUCAACAUUGGAAAUGCCACGGGAAUCUUCAUCUGCCCCUACAUUAGAAGCAGGUGCCCCUGAAACAGGCAGCCACUCGUCAAUAUCAACUCAGUAUAGGCAGAUGAAAAGGGGAUCUCUGGGAGUUGUGACAAUGAGCCAGUUAAUGAAGCGACAGCUGGAGCAUCAGUCUAGCGCUCCCCAUAACAUCAGCAACUGGGACACUGAACAGGUACAGCCCGGGAAACGCCAGUGUAACGUGCCAAUGUGCCUAAACCCCGACCUGGAGGGACAGCCGCUGAGAACAAGAGGCGCCACUAAAUCUAGCCUGCUGUCAGCACCAAGCAUAGCCAGUAUGUUCGUGCCUGCACCCGAGGAAUUCACGGAUGAACAGCCGACGGUGAUGACGGACAAAUGCCAUGACUGUGGGGCCGUGCUCGAAGAGUACGAUGAAGAAACCCUGGGACUGGCCAUCGUGGUCCUCUCCACAUUCAUCCACCUGAGCCCGGACCUGGCGGCCCCGCUGUUGCUGGAUAUCAUGCAGUCUGUGGGAAGGCUCGCAUCCAGCACGACCUUUUCUAAUCAAGCAGAAAGCAUGAUGGUUCCCGGCAAUGCAGCAGGGGUGGCCAAGCAGUUCCUUCGCUGUAUCUUCCAUCAGCUGGCACCCAAUGGCAUCUUCCCCCAGCUGUUCCAGAGUGCCAUCAAAGAUGGAACGUUUUUACGGACCUUAGCCACAUCACUCAUGGACUUCAAUGAGCUGAGCUCAAUUGCUGCCCUCAGUCAACUCUUGGAGGGUCUAAAUAACAAAAAGAAUUUACCAGCAGGGGGUGCUAUGAUCCGCUGUUUGGAAAACAUUGCCACGUUCAUGGAAGCUCUGCCCAUGGAUUCUCCUAGUAGUCUCUGGACCACAAUCAGCAACCAGUUUCAGACAUUUUUUGCCAAGCUGCCUUGUGUUUUACCUCUGAAGUGUUCUUUGGAUUCCAGUCUGAGAAUCAUGAUUUGCCUUUUGAAGAUACCUUCUACCAAUGCCACGAGGAGUUUGUUGGAACCAUUUUCCAAGUUACUCAGCUUCGUCAUUCAGAAUGCAGUCUUCACUCUGGCCUACCUGGUGGAGCUGUGUGGCUUGUGCUAUCGAGCGUUCACUAAGGAACGGGAUAAAUUCUACUUGUCUCGGAGUGUUGUUCUGGAACUUCUCCAGGCCCUGAAGUUCAAGUCUCCAUUGCCAGAUACAAACCUUCUGCUUCUUGUCCAGUUUAUUUGUGCAGAUGCUGGAACCAAGCUAGCUGAGUCCACCAUUCUGAGCAAGCAGAUGAUCGCCUCCAUGCCUGGGUGUGGGACGGCAGCGAUGGAUUGCAUACGGCAGUACGUCAGCGAAGUGCUUGACUUCAUGGCAGACAUGCACACCCUAACCAAGCUCAAGAGCCACAUGAAGACAUGCUCCCAGCCUCUGCAUGAGGACACCUUCGGUGGCCAUCUCAAAGUUGGCCUGGCUCAGAUUGCAGCUAUGGAAAUCUCCCGGGGCAACCACAGAGAUAACAAGGCUGUGGUCCGCUACCUGCCUUGGCUCUACCACCCUCCUUCCGCCAUGCAGCAAGGACCUAAAGAAUUCAUUGAGUGUGUCUCCCACAUCCGGCUGCUGUCCUGGCUGCUCCUGGGGUCCCUCACCCAUAAUGCGGUCUGUCCCAAUGCCUCCUCCCCCUGCCUUCCAAUACCUCUGGACGCAGGUUCCCACAUCGCAGACCACCUUAUUGUUAUCCUAAUUGGAUUUCCAGAGCAAUCAAAGACCUGUGUGCUCCACAUGUGCUCCCUCUUCCAUGCUUUCAUCUUUGCUCAGCUCUGGACGGUGUACUGCGAACAGAGUGCCGUGGCUACAAACGUCCAGAAUCAGAAUGAGUUCAGCUUCACAGCAAUACUAACAGCACUGGAAUUUUGGAGUAGGGUGACACCCAGCAUCCUUCAGCUGAUGGCCCACAACAAAGUGAUGGUAGAAAUGGUGUGUCUCCAUGUGAUUAGCUUAAUGGAGGCAUUGCAAGAAUGCAAUUCAACCAUUUUUGUCAAGCUGAUCCCUAUGUGGUUGCCAAUGAUUCAGUCAAACACCAAGCACUUAUCCGCCGGCCUCCAGCUUCGUCUCCAGGCCAUCCAGAACAACGUGAACCACCACAGCCUAAGGACGCUGCCCGGCUCGGGCCAGAGCAGUGCUAGCCUAGCUGCCCUCCGCAAAUGGCUGCAGUGCACCCAGUUCAAGAUGGCCCAGGUGGAGAUCCAGUCCUCGGAAGCAGCCUCUCAAUUCUAUCCUCUCUGA